AUGAUUUUAUUCAACCAAGUGGGUUAUUUCAUUUCCUUGUUUGCUACAGUUUCCUGUGGAUGUCUGAAUCAACUGUACAAAAGCAGCUUCUUCCGAGGUGGGGACAUAGCUGCCAUCUACACCCCGGAUGCCCAGUACUGUCAGAAGAUGUGCACCUUUCACCCCAGGUGCCUGCUCUUCAGCUUCCUCUCAGUCGCUCCAGCCAACGACCCCGAUAAAAAAUUUGGUUGCUUCAUGAAAGACAGCAUUACAGGAACUUUGCCAAGAUUGCAUCGGGCAGGUGCCAUUUCUGGCUAUUCUUUAAAGCAGUGUGGUCAUCAAAUAAGUGCUUGCCACCAAGACCUAUAUGAAGGACUUGAUAUGAGAGGGUCCAACUUUAAUAUAUCUAAGGCCAACAGUGUUGAAGAAUGCCAGAAAUUGUGCACAAACAAUAUUCACUGCCAAUUUUUCACAUACGCGACAAAUGCAUUUCAUAGACCGGAGUACCGGAACAACUGCUUGCUGAAGCUCAGCGCAAGUGGAACGCCCACCAGCAUAAAGACGCUGGAUAACCUGGUAUCCGGAUUCUCACUGAAGGCUUGUGCCCUUUCAGAGAUCGGUUGCCCCAUGAAUAUGUUCCAGCACUUUGCCUUUGCAGACCUCGAUGUGGGCCGGGUCAUCACCCCCGAUGUUCUAGUGUGUCGCACCAUCUGCACCUUCCACCCCACCUGCCUUUUCUUUACAUUCUACACGAACGAACGGAAGAUAGAAUCCGAGAGGAAUGUUUGCCUUCUUAAGAUGUCUAAAAGUGGUACUCCAGGUCCCUCUGUUCCUCAAGAAAAUGCUAUAUCUGGAUACAGUCUCUUCACCUGCAGAAAAGCUCGUCCUGAACCCUGCCAUUUCAAAAUUUACUCCGGAGUUGACUUUGGAGGAGAAGAGCUGAAUGUGACCUUUGUACAAGGAGCAGAUGUGUGUCAAGAGACCUGUACAAAGAUGAUUCGCUGCCAGUUCUUUACCUACUCAUCGGUUCCACAAGACUGCAAUGUGGAGGGGUGUAAAUGUUCUUUAAGGUUAUCUGUGGAUGGCUCUCCAACUAGGAUCACCAGCAGUGCACAGAAGAUCUCUGGGUAUUCUUUGCGAUUGUGUAAAGCUGUGGACAGCUCUAUUUGCACAACAAAAGUAAACUCACGAAUUGUGGGAGGAACAAACUCCUCUUUAGGGGAGUGGCCAUGGCAGGUCAGCCUGCAGGUGAAAGUGGUGUCUCAGAAUCAUCUGUGUGGAGGGACCAUCAUUGGACACCAAUGGAUCAUAACGGCUGCCCAUUGCUUUGAUGGGAUUCCGUAUCCAGAUGUGUGGCGUAUCUACGGUGGGAUUCUUAACCUAUCAGAGAUUACAAAAGAGACAUCUUUCUCGAAAAUAAAAGAACUUAUUAUUCAUCAGAACUACAAGGUCGGAGAAGGCAACUAUGAUAUUGCCCUACUAAAGCUCCAGACGCCCUUGAAUUAUACAGAUUUCCAAAAACCAAUAUGCCUGCCUUCCAAGGACGACACAAAUACAAUUUAUACCAACUGCUGGGUGACUGGAUGGGGCUACACAAAGGAAGGAGGUGAAAUCCAAAAUACUCUACAAAAGGCAACGAUUCCUUUGGUACCAAAUGAAGAAUGCCAGAAAAAAUAUAAAAAUUAUGUUAUAACCAAGCAGAUGAUCUGUGCUGGCUACAAAGAAGGCGGGAUAGAUGCAUGUAAGGGAGAUUCCGGCGGCCCCUUAGUUUGCAAACACAACGGAAUAUGGCAGCUGGUGGGUAUCACCAGCUGGGGUGAAGGCUGUGCCCGGAGAGAUCACCCAGGUGUCUACACUAAGGUUUCUGAGUACGUGGACUGGAUCCUGGAGAAGACACAACACAGUGGCGGAAGCCCCCUGGUGGUGACUCCCGCAUGA